UUAGAUUGACAGUCAAAUGUGAUUUUUGACGGUAUCGAUCCUGCACUGGACCACAAACAGGGAGAGCAUCCCGAAUUGUUAAAACAUCACUCUGACCCUUCCCGAAAUUCUCCCCUUCGCCCAUUUUAUCGACGUCGGACUGACAACGCCGAGCGCCAUGCGCAGAUUCCCCCGCCUACCGCUAGCCCAUCAGUUAUGCCGGCCUGUCAAUAUAUCCAGGCGAACCUUCUCGAAUUAUUUUGAUUUUUUUGUUUUACCGGAAUAUAUCGAUGCACAAUGAAUUGGAUCGAGUGGUCGCCCCAGGAAAAUAUAUUGAUGUCGAUAAAAGAUGUUCUACAAGAGGCUCUUAUACCCGACAGUGAAAUACAGAGAAAUGUUCAGGAUAAAUUGACUACAAUUCAGAAUUUGACAGACUUUGCUUAUUAUCUGCUGUUUAUACUCAGAAAUAGGAGCUACUCGGAAGAGGUGCGCUCCCUUAGUGGCAUUUUAUUGAAAAAUAAUAUUAGCAAUCUAUAUGGGACAUUUACAGAGGAAAACAUUAUCAAGAUUCGAGAGGAGUGUUUGGGUUUACUGAAUGAUCCGUGCAGGGAGGUACGACAAAGUAUAUCCAACAUUAUUAUAUUUAUAGCCAAAGAUAGUUUGAAAACAUGGCCUGACUUGCUGAAUUACUUACUUAAAGCAUUCACAUGUCAAGAGGACUACAGUGAAAUUGCUUUAACCACCCUGUCUCGCAUAUGCGAAGACUUAAUCACCAAUCAGAAACCACAAGAUGAAAUAUUUACUGUUACCAAAGAAGUGUUUCCCAAACUAGUAAAUUAUUUAGGAGAAGAAAAAUGCACCAUGAAAUAUGCAAUAGUAAAAUUAACAAAUCAAUUUAUGCAAGACUAUUUUCAAAUUAUGAAACAGUCAAUAGACAUGAACCAGUAUCUAAGAUAUGUGAUGAACUUUGCAAACUCUGAUGAUGUGGAGAUGCAAAAGAAUGUGUGCCAUACAUUUCUGAUAUUUGUUGAUAAUCAAGAAGAAGCAGUCUUGCCCCAUCUCCAUGAUGUCAUAGUAUAUCUUUUGGACAAAUCACAGAGUGACAAUCAAGAUCUAGCUUUACAAGCAUGUGAAUUCUGGCUUUCCACCACUAAACUGAGCUCUUGCAAGGAAAUAUUAAGUGGGUAUAUAGAUAAAUUGUUGCCAAUUCUGCUGAAAAACAUGAAAUAUUCAAAAUAUGAGUUGAAUAUAAUCAAGGACAGUUUAGGAUCAGAUGCCAACAAUGAGGAUCUGUCCAAGGAUAUAACUCCAUUCCACUUUAGAGAUAGGAACAACAGUAUUCAAGAUGAGUACUUCAGUGAUGAUGAAGGGGAACAGCACAGUGAUGACUUUGAUGAUUUUUACAUUGGCUGGACUUUGAGGAAGUGCAGUGCAGCCUCUUUGGAUUCAUUAGCUGUCAAAUUUGGGGAUGACCUACUAACUGUUUUAGUGCCAUAUCUCAAUGAGAUUUUACAUCAUGAUGAUUAUUUGAUCAAGGAGUCAGCAAUAUUAGCUUUGGGAGCAAUUGCUGAAGGCUGCAUGAAUGGUUUGAAACCUCAUUUACCAUUUUUGACCCAGUUUCUCAUAACUGCCAUGAACCAGGAUCAUUCAAUAGUUAGGGUAAUUACAUGCUGGACCCUUAGCCGUUAUGUAAAUUGGAUUGUUAAUGUGGAAAAUUCGCCCAACGUGUACUUCAUCCCAGUCAUGACCAUUUUAGUCAAACACUUCAUAGAUGAUAACAAAAGAGUGCAAAGGGCGGCGUUGUCUGCCUUUUGCAUCUUCGAGGAAGAAGCACAACUUAAACUGGUGCCAUACAUAGAUUUCAUCCUGGAGGGAUUCCAAUUGGGCUUCCAAAAAUUCCACUACAGAAGUCUUUAUCUUCUUUAUGAUGCAAUAGGUGUUCUGGCACAAUCAGUUGGAAACCAACUGUGCAAAGAAGAGUAUGUCCUCAAGUUAAUGCCCCCAUUGAUGCAGAAGUUCAGCGAAUGUGAUAACUACUAUGAUGAUCAUUUCAUAGCAGUUCUGGAAUGUCUUUCAAAUUUAAUUCCUGCUUUAGAGACGUCAUUUUUGCCCUAUUCCGAAGUUGUGUAUUGCCACUGUUUGCAAUUAAUCAACGACACGUUGAUCGCGUCCUUGAACUUCCAGGAAAAUCCGGCGGAGUGUGACCCACCUGAUAAGGAACCCAUGAAUGUUGCCCACGAUGUUCUGUACAGCAUGGCCAUGGGAUUGAAAGAUCAUUUCAUCAAAUACGUGACAAACAGCAAUCUGAUCACUCUGCUGUACACCACAAUGCAGGACGGAUCCAAUCUUAUCAGACAAACCUCCAUUGCGCUGUACGGGGAACUGGUAAUGCUGUGCUUCCCCCUACUGGCAACCAACAUCAGUGAUUACAUUCCCCUAAUUGUGAAAAACUUGGACGAGCACUACGAUGGUGUUUGCAACAACGCCGCCUGGGUUAUCGGCAAACUUUGCUCAGUAAUGGGCAGCAACAUCAGACCAUACCUUACCAACAUCCUCGCUGCCUUCAUCUUCAUCCUAAAGAGCCCCGCCAUCCACCGCACCAUGCAUAAAACCGUCGCCAUCUCCCUUUGUACUGUCUUCUAUGUCUGUCCCGAUGUCAACAUCCCCGACAUCGACGAGGUCAUCAAAAAUUGCUGCAUGCUGAUCAGAAACGUCCGGGACUCGGACGAGAAGGACCUGGCCUUCCGCGGCCUGUGUCAGGUGGUGGCGCGCCACCAGGAGUUCCGUAAAAACAACUUCAUAUUCUUCUGCGACGCCGUUGCCUCCUGGAACAACAUCCGCAUGGACCUCAGCCAGAUGAUUCAGGACCUGCUCAAAAACGUGCGGCAGCAGUACGGCGAGGAGAAGUGGAACCAGUUUUACACACAGUUCCCGGAACCUCUCAAAGCCAAGCUGCAAAGUCUUUACGGGGUUUGAAUCAGUUAGACUUUUUGUAAAUGGGGAAUUUUCAAUUCGUUGGGUGGGAAAGCUUGAGUGCACCUGCCUUGAGUUCAAUUCGCGAAAACCGUUAUUCGAAACAAUCCGUCGUCGUCGUCAAACCGCGUGGGUGGGUCCGAUUUGCAGACAAAACUUAGAGUCACGCGAUUAACUAUUCGGAGAUGUGUCCGAGUCAUUUGACGAGAAGUCCGACUUGUUGAGCAGAUUAAAGCAACAGUUUUCCACGUCAGAUUGAAUGUCAUUAACAACAGCCAUACAGAAAUAUUAAAAGAAUGCCUAGAAUAAACUUAUCUCAAAUAAUAAAACUUAAAAAAACAAAAACAAUAUCUAAAAGUAUCUCUGAGAAACAAAAUUUGAUAAAAUUUCAGUGACUUAACGUGAAAUGACUUUGAUAAUGUUUAUUUUUUGUUUCAUCGUCGGGUUUCCGGUAUACUUUUCGUUUUCCGUUUUAUUUUUGAAGGGAUAUUUUACGUUGAAACCACAUCCAUGUUACGUAACAUAAACAAGAAUUUAACAGAUUAGUUGAGAAAUUGCAUGUUAAUAGGUACAGACAUAAUUUAAAUGUGAAUUACAGUGACACUCUUUUAGUAUUACUAAAUGUUUUCGAUCAUUUUUAGUGUUACAUUAUUUCAAAUGCAGAAGAACUGCAAACAUUUGGUUUAUUUAAAUUAUUUUUUUUUAAUGGCUUCCAUCAAAAAUAUGUUGUUUUCAAAUUAUCAUUUUUUAUGUAUUAUUUUGUAUUUUCAAUAAAUAUUUUUAAAAUAA